CUAUGCUAAUUGGGAACGCAAGCCUGAAUGGCAUCGUUUUGACAAAAUGUUGGUGCUUUUCCAUCGAGUCGCCAACAAGGCCUUUGAUUCCGAUGGAAAGAGUGAGAGGGUUAUGGCUAAGUUGCUUGAAGCGGAAGUGGAGAAUGAAGUUUGUGAUGAUGACACCAAUAGGCCUAUGUUUCCUGAUGUACAAAAGGAUCCUAUUUCACUUAUCGGUAGAGAUGGUAUAGUAACUUGCAACACUCAAAAACCCGUGGGAGAUCCAAGUAAACGUCCUCGGAGAGGGCGACCGCCGAUUAAUAGAAAAAAACCCAUGAUUGAGAAAAUUAUUAAGACUAUUAGAAAAUCAAGCAAAAAGUUGAAAGCUAGUCGAGGCCGUGCAAAUAGUAUACCGGGACGAGUGGAAGAUGGGGAUAUGGACGUUCGAACUAUUCACACUCAUGCUUUGGAGUUUGAUGAGAUUAUCACGCAAGAGAGUGUAGAUUUUAGCUCGUCCCAAAUUGACCUAGAUCAGACUCCAAUGGAAUUGGACAAGGUGCUUUGAAAAUGAUGGCAUGUAUGCAUUCUAUGAGGCGUCCUUUGUGGUAUGUGGCAGAUGUUAUAGAAUUUCGGAGGAUUGGUGCAUUAUUUUUUGUAAGUAUGGUUCUUUUGUAUAGGGAUCAGAAUCGCAGAGUGGAAGGUGUGAAAGCUUCCUGUUUGUAUAUAAACAUGUAAGGUUGAUGC